CAAAGUGACCCCAAAGCUCUCCCAUGAUGUACCCAAAAUUGAAAUGGACGCAACUCUCUUUUCCUUCUCUUCCUCCAUUCGAUCUGCUAAACUCUCCACAAACCCGACCCGUUACCCAACCGUAUCGAAUCAGUUCCACCUCCGGAAGAAUCUGGUAAAGGUCCGAUCCGCUUCGAAACAAGACGGAUAUGGAUAUGAAUACGGAUUGGUCGACCAGAACAUGAUAGUUCUCCGGAAACGGAUGGAGGAGCUGCGGAUGACCGAAAGACUAGACCAGGAUCCGACUGAGGAGUGGACGGAGUGGGAGAAGAACUAUUAUCGGAGCUGUUACGUGUCGGAUGUUUGCCAAGCUGUCGGGUUGAUCCAAAUGUUCGCGAUGAGCGUGAGGCCAGGUGUCGCAUUGGGAUUGGUGGGCCUGAUUCUUUUGAGUGUGCCAGUUUCUGUGAUUUUGAUUGCGAUUCAUUUGUGUAAACUCAGGGUUGCUUAUUAAUUGAGAUUUUGCUUUACGAA